UAUUAGGAGACUGGAUGGUGAGGACCACUUGGGUUUUCUGCGGAAGCACCCUGGCUCGCAGCUUGAACCCAUAGGUAGAGGUUCUUAAAGAGAAACAGUUAAAAAUCACUCACCAAGAAGUGUGUUUGCCCCAGGUGAACCUGACAACAAAGUAACUGUAGGCUUAGGCUCCUCGACUAGGGGUAUAAAACUCGGAAACCAUUUUUUUUUUUAAAGCGUUCGCUCAUUGAGCAGGGAGGUGUACCACCCCCAGAGGGAUGGAGUGCUGACAGUGUCCGGUCAAGGCUCAGGGGGGACCGUGCAGAAGGAGCAUGGUGUCUCUCUCUCCUUAGGGCCAGGGCACUGGGGACCGCAGGGGGCGGAAUUCACUUAUAAAGGCCCACACGCUACCUUGUGGCCUUCUUAUUUAAUUAGCUACAAUUAAGACCCUACUUCCAUGGACUGCUGUUGGCUAAGAACAAUGAUCUGGGCUGAGGUGUAAGAACACGACCCAUCUAAUGUCGGUCUGGGGGCUGUGCCCUAUUUCUGGGGUGGGACAGUAGGGUUCUCAGCAAUUCCAUUUGCAGAUGCAGAGAACCUAACAGCCCGUCGUCUUCUGAGUCGGCCCAUCAUGUGAAUGAGUCAGUGAGGUACUGAGGCAUUGACAUUUUCAUGUUCUUGCCUCUUAACCUCUCCUGGGCCUUAUGUUUCUACCCCUCCUGGCCCUCUCGGGAUGUACAGCCAUUGGUAGGGCUCUGCCGAGGGCUCUUUCUGAUAAGCAAGCCAGCCAGUUACGUCUUCCACGCCCCCGUGUCUUCAGAUGCGUCUUUAACACAAUUCCCUCCAGUUGUCCUCUUCCAGGCUUGGAGGUUUUUGUUUUUCUGAGCCCUGGGUAAUAGAGAUGGUCUUAUACAAAUGGAGGGCUUUCGGUUUUUAAAGACCUCAAAAGCAUCCGUCUUGAGAGGUCCAGCCCAGGGUCUAGUGAGAACUGCAGAUCCUAUUGUAUGCUGGGGCUCAGCCGAGUCCCCUGGUCUAAGCAGAUCUCAUUCCCGAAACCUCCAGCUUUGCUCACGCGCGCUAGAAUCCAGCUGGGCCACUUGUCUGUCAGUGCUUGGCGUGGGUAACUGGGCACCGGGCCACCGUCCUCCUCCUCCUCCUCCUCCUCCUCCUCCUCGGCGAGUCUGUUCAUCUGCCUUUAGGGCCUGGACCUCAUGAGCUGGAAGACACAGUCAGCAGAGGUUUAGACCAAAUGGGACUCUCCUCUCAAACCUGGAAUGACCUGGCUCAGUGUGUGGGUGAUUUAGACUCAACAACAGCCCGAGGCGUGCUGUCCUAGCUGUUUAGGCCAUACCUGCCUCUGGGGAGCAGGGGCUCCAUUCAGCCCAGUCUGGCUGGCAUCUUUCAUCCCGUUGUGCAGUGAAGCAGCCUUUCCUCCUGCUUGGGCAGGGAGGGGACACCUCCGUGGGGUGUCCAGCAUGAGCUCCUGAGCUCAGCAUUCACACUGACUCCUGUCCAUGUCCGCAGUGGCUGGCACACUCGGCAGGCAAACGCUUCGAGACCAUUGAUCCAAGUCCCUUUACCUCCCCGUGACAGAGCACUCUUUGCACGGACGUCCCUCACUGUCACAGCUCACGCUCUUCCCAGCCUUGAUCCUGCGCCAGGCCUGGGUGUACUUGGAAUGACCCCAGUUUCACACACAAGGAAACUAAGGCUCAGAGAAGUUGAGUAACUUGUCCGAGACGGCGCAGCUCCUGAGUAACGGAGCUCACAUCCCGACCCAGCUCUGCUGACUCCAGAACCCGAGGUGCUCCUUACAGCCCCUGCAGACCGAAUGUUUGAGUCCCUCCCGUCAAGUUUACGUGUUACAACGUGAACCCCAGGGUGAUGGUAUUUGGAGGGGAGGCCUUUGGGAGGUGACUAGAUGGGGGGAUUAGUGGCCUGAUAAAGGGGACCCCAGAGAGUUUUCUCACCCCUCCACCACGUAAAGACCCAGCAGGAAGACCUCAUCCGUGAACCCAGAAGCAGCUCCCACACGACACCGAAUCUGCCAGCGCCUUGACCUUGGGCUUCCAGCCUCCAGAACGUGAGAAAUAAGUGUUUGCUGUGUAAGCCUCCCCCUAGACCCCCCAGUCUGUGGUAUUUUGGUAUAGCAGCCUGAAUGGAUUAAGAUAACUCCCCCAGUAGAGUUUAACUCCUUAUCCUCCCGGAAACAAAUAGAAUAAGGCAAACUUCUUGUAUAAAAAUGUCUAUAGUUUUCCAUGAAGUUUUGACAAAAUUGCCACGAAUACAGUUUGGCUGAGUUAGUUAAACUCCCAAGGGCAGACUCCGGGCAUACUUUAGGACCUGUGCCAAAGCGUGACUGACUUUCGUGCACAUCAUCAUUUUGCCUUUCCAGGGAUUAGAAGCUGCCAUCCGAAGGUGUUCAGAGGACCACCGGUUGAUGUCCUGGUUUCUCAAGAUGGCACUCCGUCCUGUACUUAUAUGGAAUCCCUGAGGAGAAGUUGUGUGGCGAAAACCCAGAUACCAGGGAACCAGAGGCCGGACGAACCCCAGCUGGGGAGAGCCAUCUGUCUCCUCCCAUCAGUCUCAGAGAAGCCCGACUCACGUAAUCCCUCUGAGUUUAGAUCCAAGAACUGGCUGAACCAAGUAUGGCAGGAGCCAUGGGGGAGGUGAUAGAAUGUUCUCACACAAGAACAGUCAGGGAGGAAAACUCCAGUGCUCUCCUCUGAGUGAACUCGCGAGCAGGCCCAGGAACCCACCAUAUCCCCCUCCUCACCGGGCUGACAGCCACAGCACCAGAACAGGAGUCCUAAUCUGACGGCCCACAUUGCGAAAGUCACCAGGCCACCUUCCAAGGGACUCUGCCCUCUGAUGACGAGCUGGUCGUUACUUCGCACCUGGCAUCCCCUCCGCAGUCACCGGGCUCCUCACAGCCACCCUGUGCGGCGGGGCUGAUUAGCCCCAUCCUGCGGACGGGACGGGGGCUGGCGCUCUGGACCAGGCCACCCACCCUGCGCUGCCUCUCUGUUCACUCAGCAUGCCACGUCUCUACAAGCCACAAGUGGGGAAACAGCCCAGACGGGGCAGCCUCGCUGUCUUCUGUCACUAGGCGCCUCCAUUUCCCUCCCCUUCACGGAGAAAGCAGCCCCUGAGACCAGGUACUUUCUGCACGGCCACUUGGGGGAGUAUCGCCCCUUUUCCUCAGAGCUGCUGAACUGUGUGGUCUGUACGGCUUCCUCCUGUACUGAAUUCUUCCCACCUGCCAGGGGCACGACUCCUAGUGGGAACUUGCAAGGCACCCUGCGGAUUCUGCACCCCGGGCUCCUCCUGACGCUUACUCCUGUAGAUUUCCAGAGAAGGAAGAGGGUGCUAUGAGUCAAUGGCAGCAGAGGAGGAUUUUCCAGAAAGGAGAAUUGACAACCGGUCUUUGGAGAAUGAGCCGCCCGGAGAAGGAAAGCUCGCCAGAUGCAGACUCGGAGGCAACGGGAAGCGAAGUGACUUUCCCAGGUCACAUGACCCGUGUGAGCGGCGAAGUCGGGCUUGGAACCCAGGUCAUCGGGCUGACCGCAACUGCCUCCGACUGGCUCAGCGCUUCCCUAGCGCCCCGCCGGACACACAGCGCCCCCCCUCGGUUAGCCCUUAGUACUGACGGGGUAGCUCCAGGGCUGCGCAGACGUGGGAGCGAGCCUUCCCGAUACGCGCACGAUAUUUACAAGGUUCGCCGCGUGGGGGUGGGGGAGCCGGUGCCCCCCCACGCAGGCUCUCCGAACAUCUUGCACAAAAGAAUCUCCUCAGACCAGAUCGAGCAGCUCCACCGGAGGUUUAAGCAGCUAAGUGGAGACCAGCCCACCAUUCGCAAGGAGAACUUCAACAACGUCCCUGACCUGGAGCUCAACCCAAUCCGAUCCAAAAUCAUCCGUGCCUUCUUCGACAACAGCCGGACCGGUGGCCUGGCCUCCGUGGGCCCCAGUGGCCUGGCCUCCGUGGGCCCCAGUGGCCUGGCCUCCGUGGGCCCCAGUGGCCUGGCCUCCGUGGGCCCCAGUGGCCUGGCCUCCAUGGGCCCCAGUGGCCUUCUGUCUAAAAUGGGG